AUAUAUUAUAGUAGUAGAACUAUAACAGAAUAAGGCAAACACAUCAAGAAAUUUGAUUCCCCUUCAUCUGCUCCACUCUCCUUCACCUUUUCCUCACUUUCUUUAAACCCCUUAUAAGUUACCAACUGCAUAAGAAUAUCACAGCUAAGUACCAACAAAGCUAAGAGCUAGCUAGUGUGUACUUGUAGUAAAAUGCUAAUAAUGGAGGAAGAGGGGCUUAUCAAGAAUUCAUGGUCAUAUGAAGAUGAGUUGAUAAAGGAACUUCUUGAUGAUGAAUCACCAUUCAUUUUGGCACCUCAAGAAUAUUCAACCUCUACAAGCUACCCUUCUUCAAGUGAUAAUUCACUUGUAACAAAGAGCUCCAUUGUUCACUCAGGACCAAACAUUGAUGAUACAGAGAGUGGUUUGUCAGUGACAAGCUAUGGAGUUCAAUCUCAUGAUGUUUCACAUGCAAGGAAUUUAGGGUUGGGAAGAGGGUUGAACUUGACGAUGAGUAAGCAAGAAGCAUAUGAGGCUAAAUAUACUUUGAGAAUAAAGACUUGUGGUAAUGCAAUGGCUGAUGAUGGUUAUAAGUGGAGAAAAUAUGGCCAGAAAUCCAUUAAGAAUAGCCCAUAUCCCAGGAGCUACUACAAAUGCACUAAUCCAAGGUGUGGUGCCAAAAAACAAGUGGAGAGGUCAAGCGAUGAGCCAGACACUUUCAUAAUCACUUAUGAAGGCCUUCAUCUACAUUUUGCUUACCCAUUUAUCACUCUCGAUCCACCACAAUUUGCAGAUCAGCCCAAUAAAAAGCCCAAAUUAACACAUUCAAAAGCCCAAAACUAUGAAUCUGAAAAUGCAAGUGAAGUUGAUGAAAGCCCAAAACUUUUCAACCCAAACCCACAAGGAUUGGACUUUGGUGGAAUGGGCUCACAAGGGUUACUAGGAGAAAACAACAACAUAUUCAGUGUAAUCCCACAAGGGUUACUUGACGAUGUGGUGCCAUUAAUGGUUCGAAACCCAUCUAUGAAGCCCACAAAUUCCUAUUCUUCAUCUUGCUCUUGUUCAUCACCACCAACUUCUCCUUCAUUUUCUUGGUCAAAUAAUUAGUUUUUCUAGUAAAUUAUUGUAUGUAUGAUAGUAGAGACUAUGUAUUGUUGUAGGAAAAUUAUUACAAGGGGAUCUUAGCUAAAUAAAUUGGGGUGAAAUCCUUGUAAAGUUUUGUUACAUGUGGAUGAAAUUAGUUUUGCCC